UUGGUCCAGGGUCCUCUAGGGUUCAGUCCUAUAGUCGACGAUCGAGCAAGUCCAUGCUCCAUACAUACGCGUGUGCGUGGGAUUCUGGCAUUUCACGGUUUCCCUGGACUGAGCAACAGAGCAAGCAGACUAGCCCUUAUUCCCGGGAGGAGAACAGCGAAGAAGUGGAAACAAUACAAGCACCUUGAAGGAGAUGAGCCAGCGGCGCGGUGCCGACAGAGCCGCAUACAGUCAGCGAAACCACUCAGAUGAUUCAACUCCGCCACCACCGCAACCGCCGAACGAACAACAGCAACCAGCCCAGCCAUGGACCCGCGGCGGACGAGGCCGAAGCAGACCGUGGACUCGAGGCGGGGCUACAACGAGAGGCAACAGCUCGUCGUGGGGUAAUCAGUCCCGGCCCGCAUGGGGUAACGACUCAACCGCGACGGGCUUACCAGCGCCAUCGUGGUCAACACCACCACCUGCAUCGACGAGCGACUCUCAUGUGGCGAGAGGUCCGGAUAGACUCCGGCCAGCGCCGGCAUUACGGAACGUACAGCAUGAGUUCGAUGCCCUGCCAUUGAUGAGUCGGAUGAAUGAAGUGGGGGGACGGGAUGAUGUGGAAAGGGCGAAGACGCGGUCUGUACAAGAAUCAUUCUACGCUUACGUUCUCGAGCAGUAUAAGAGGCUUUGUGAAGUCCCACCCUCCGAGCGUAAAGCCAACCACUUUGAUUCGCUAGUAGCUAAGCUGCGCAAGUUACGGGAAGCCCUGACGGCCAGCGACGCAACCGACACAUUUAUGCGUGAUGUCUACGAACUAUCCGUUGACGUGAGCUUGCGCGCCCGCAAUUUUGCAGAAAUGCUCAAAGCGCUGGCGGCGCUGGUUGGCCGGAUGUACGAUGUGUUGGAUGGGCGGGACGCACAAACAUUCAGCCCUCGCCGAGCAGAAUUCACAUCCUUCAUGCUCCUCUAUCUCUGCUGCUACGCUUCGGGCAUCCGUCCCUUGCACCCUCCAGCCGCCUCCUCUACCGCUCCCAAAUCAUCAACCUCACCCGCGCGCGACCUCCUCCAAACGUAUCGCAAAACGCCUGCACCCCUCCAAUCCCACCCGCGCGUUCUGUUUGCGAUGGGCGUUGCGAGAGCUGUUAGAGCGGAUGUGGAUUAUGUCGCGUUGGCGGGCUAUUGGGAACGUGCGAGUUGGGGGGAGUUGGUGUUUCUGGAGGUUCGUUUUCUCCUUUGCUGUAUCUCUGUGGGACUGUGCGGUUGCGCGGUUGAGUUCGGUCGCAUUUGACUUCUCGAUCUCAUCUCUAUGGUGAGGGAACUCCAGCUCAUGCAAAUACUCUUCUACGCAGCGUCUCCAACCACAUCUGGGCGACCGUGUACUGCAAAUUAUCAGCAAGGCGUACUUCACUUUCC